UUUGACAAGUUGAUACUUGACAGUUCUCUGCAGUCGCUCCAAAAGUCAAAACAAGGCGCGUGGUUUGCGAUCUAGCUCUAGCCAUCGUAGCUGGUUGUCGGCGCCUCUUCUUGUGCACUGAGACGUCAAAAGGCUGGUCUGCAGCAUCGCCGUGUCGCAGAUAGCUGGCAGCCGAGCGCCGGCCUGCCGUCGCCAUGAAACCUCUCGAUGACUACAGGAACGGAGAUGUGGGCAGCGGCGCGUCGACGGCGUCGCGGUCUGACGACAGCGAGGGCGAAGAGAGCAGCGCCCUGGAGCAGGAACUGUCGCUGGAGGAGGCGGGCGCGCCCGCGCGCGUGCUGAGCGCGCUCAACGCGCUGCGCAAGGCGCGCCAGCACUUCGACGUGCUGCUGGCCGCGCGCGGCGACGAGGUGCCCGCGCACCGCGCCGUGCUCGCCGCCGUGGCGCCGCCGCUGCUGGCCGCGCUGCCGGCCGCCGGGCCCGUGCACACGCUGCGGCUCGACGUGCACCCCGACGCGCUGCGCGACCUGGUCGAGUUCGCGUACACGGGCCGGCUGUGCGUGCGCGACCUGCCCGCCGCGCGCCGCCUGUACGCCGCCGCGGCCGCGCUGCGCGUGGAGCCCGCGCGCGCGCACCUCGCCGAGCGGCUGCUGCGCCGCGUGUCGCCCGCCGACUGCCUCGCGCUGCGCGCGUUGCCCGACCUGGCGCCCGCGCACCGGGCCCACCUCGACGCGUACAUCGCGCAAAACUUCGACGAGGUGUGCGCGUCGGGCGCGCUGGCGGCGCUGCCGCUGAUACGCAUCGAGCUGCUGCGCGAGACCAGCGCGGAGGGCUGCGAGGAGACGCCGGCGACGCUCGCGGACGCCGCGCUCGCCUGGCUGCGCACCGUUCCCAUCACUAGCGAUGACGAUGUGAGUGAAAUAUUAUCUUAAUUAUUAAUCUAAAUA